AUGGCACCAACAACCCUCGGCAGCCUGAAGCCGGUUCUAUACCUGCUUAGUGUGUUAGGGACGUACCACACUUGGGGCCGGACUGUCCUGGAUGGGUCAGUGUCCCAUCUGCUUACGGCUCUGCAUGGAUCGAAACCCUAUGUGCUGCCUGGAACCGAGUCUCCACUCCGAACGCGCAUUACGGGCAUCUACUGGCCAAUCGAUUAUCUCUUGGAUGUACUCAUUGUGUUUUUCUGGGAAGCCGUGGAUGGAUCCCAUCCGGCCACUUCAGCCGUCGGCAUUUACUUCUUGGCGCAGUAUUUUAGCGUGCUGACAGGGGUAUAUGUGGAUAGCCUGAGACUGGGCCAAUCCGGGAAGACGACUCCUACUCGGACGAUGCUGUGGCUACUGCUGUUCCAACUGUCGGCUAUCGCCUGUACGGGCCCCUUCUGGGCUCUCUGGUACCUUGCUAACAGUCCUUUAAUUACGAAUGGCAUUCCAUUCGAGGAUUUGUGCAACAAAUCCAGAGCCCCGGCCCGCCAAAUCAUACUGAUUCUUCCUAGCCUGGUCCUGGGUUAUCUUCUUCCCGCGGUAGCUAUGGCGCUCCCCUCCCCUGGACUCGUGUCCAAUGACUUUCAGCAAUUGGCACUGGUAGCGUGGAACAUCUUUCCAGCCCUUGUCUAUCUGACCAUGCAGGUCCUUCACGUGCUCCUACCUGCUGGCACGGUGAAUAAGGAAGAUGCUACUAGGAGGUCUGCAAUCCGCAUUCUGAACGCGACAUCCCUCUUGAUCAGUUUUGUCGUCCAUGUGGGUCUCAUGAGUAUCAGCAUCACUACGAUUCUGUUCCCAAACCUCUGGACGCCCGAGACUAUCCAUGAGUUCCACCCAGUUUCGCUGCUGAUCCCACCGGUCUCUGUUACCGCGACACAGACAGUUGGGGACGGGGUGCACAGUUUCUUCCUCUGGGAUCAAGUCUUUGGAUAUACUUUGGGCAUCCUAGUUGCCUGGUUACAGCUGCGGACUGUUCUCAUUGCCCGAGGCUGGUAUCGGCAAUGGCCAUGGCCAAAGGUCCUGUUGGGGAUUGUUGGUGGGGCAAUGAUCGCAGGACCAGGGAGCGUGUGCCUGGGCCUCAACUGGAUCCGAGAUGAACUGUUGAUGCCAUCAGCAGAAGGAAGCCAGAAAGAAGAGUAA